AUGUUGCGGAUGCCACUGAAAUUAAAAUGGGGUAAAAAAUUUGGACGUUAUGACCUAAGCCAAGAUGUUUAUGUGCUAAUCGUAUAUGUUGGACCAAAUCCCUGCUAUCAAUGUACGUUGACAACCGAUAGUACAGCUCGGCAAUGCAUGGAAUAUCUCAGCCAAAAAUUUGGUCUUAAUCAGGUUGACAUGUUUGGUUUUCGGUAUCAAAUGAAGACCAAUGAUCCGGACAAUCGUCUGAUGAGAUGGAUUGAACCGGAUAAACCACUUAGGAAACAACUGGAAAAGUGGGCAUGUAAACCACGUCAAGUACAAUUAGCUGUGCUCUAUCAUACACCAAAUGCAUUCAGUAUUACUGAUCCAACGGCAAGGUCUAUUUAUUUUGCACUUAUGAAACACGAAGUUGUGGAAGGACGUCUAACUGUUGAGUUGGAAAAAUAUAUCGGUUUGGCUGCACAUAGUUUACAAGGUAAACAUAUCUGUCGAAGUGCACAAAUUCUUGAAGAUCUCUUAAAACGGGUGUCUGCUAACUACGAAAAGUUAAAAGGUUUAUCAGGUGGUAAAGCAGCUUUGCUGUACAUUGUCGAUGCUCUGCAAUGUGAGGGAUAUGGAGAGGAAUAUUUUAGCUGCAAAGUAAUCGGAUUUUGA